CGAUAUAUUUGUUUUUUGGAGUUUUGUAAAUAUAUUUUUUAGUUAUACCAUGUCUUCAUUAUUCUAUAAAUUAAAAAAUGAAGUAGACAUCUUACUUACAAGAGAAAAAAUAAAACUUCGGCAGAAUGGGGACCCUGUAUUAAGAAAGGUUGCUCGUGAAGUGCCUCUUGAAUACAUAAAUACACAAGAUUUCAAAGAUCUUAUCACUAAAAUGAUUCUGAUAAUGCGUAGCAAUAAAGGUCAAGGUAUUGCUGCACCUCAAGUUGGUGUAGAUUUACAAGUUAUAGCUAUUGAAUUUACUGAACAUGAUCUUGAAAUGGCUACAAAACAAUAUGGCAAAAAUGAAGUUGAAAAAAGGCAAAUGAGAACAUUUCCUUUGCAUAUUUUUAUAAAUCCUAAGUUAAAAAUAAUUAAUUAUGAAACUACAUGUUUUGAAGAAGGAUGUCUAAGUAUUUUAGGAACAGUGGGAGUUGUUCAGCGAUACCGAGAAGUGCAACUUGAAUUUGUUAAUGAGAAAGGUGUUAAUGUUUUGAUGAAUUUUGACGGUUGGUUAGCUCGCAUGGUUCAACAUGAAAUGCAUCAUCUUAAAGGAUUUUUAAUUGUAGAUUUUUUUAUUAAAAAAAAAAAAUUAUUUUUCAGGUAACAUAACCUUUUGUGGAGACUUUAAAA